AAUAUGUGGAGUAUGUGGCAGCGCAGCGGCAGUAUAGUAAAGUCUGCUGCUGGCACAGGAGAGCCGUCUGGAUACACAGGCAGCUGCAACUGAAGCAUUUUCACACCUGGACAUUACCUGCUUUUUAAAUCUACUUAAAGAAGCUCACACAAUGCCAAACUGGGGAGGAGGCAACAAGUGCACAGCAUGCCGCGGGACAGUUUACCACGCUGAGGAGGUGCAGUGUGACGGCAAGAGUUUUCACAAAUGCUGUUUUCUCUGCAUGGUCUGCAGGAAGGGUUUAGACAGCACCACACUGGCUAUUCAUGACCAGGAGAUCUACUGCAAGUCGUGCUACGGGAAGAAGUACGGCCCCAAAGGUUACGGCUAUGGGCAGGGUGCAGGAACACUCAACAUGGACCGAGGGGAGCGGCUGGGAAUCAAACCUGAAGAGACACAUUCUCACAGACCCACCACCAACCCUAACCCAUCCAAAUUUGCGCAGAAGUUUGGAGGUUCAGAGAAGUGCGCCCGGUGUGGAGACUCUGUGUACGCAGCUGAGAAGAUCAUGGGGGCGGGCAAGCCGUGGCAUAAGAACUGCUUCCGCUGCGCGAAAUGUGGCAAGAGCCUGGAGUCGACCACCCAGACUGAGAAAGAUGGAGAAAUCUACUGCAAAGCGUGUUACGCCAAGAACUUUGGACCCAAAGGGUUUGGGUACGGCCAGGGAGCCGGUGCUCUGGUUCACGCUCAGUGAUGGCAGAGCAGGACCACACAAUCUCACCUUCAUACAUUCCUCUGUCCGACAUCAUCAUCAUCAUCAUCGACCUUUCAGGCCUUUUGCUUAUGUUUUCUCCCUCAAAUGCUUUUAUGUUGAAAUAGGUGCUCAUGAUACUUUUUACAGUUUACAAAUAAAAAAAAUUAACAAACCAAA